UGGGCGUCUCCGUAAAAAGUCACAGAGCUACAGAGCAUGUGCUCAAACGCACUUCAUAGGUGUGUUGCUCCAGUAAUUUGACUUGGCGGUGUUUUUAUUUCAAUCAAUUUAUUGCAUACGCCUUUUUUCUCUUACUUCCUACUUCCCGCUGUACUAUUUGCUUUAGUGAGGAUUUUUUUCCAUGCCGUUUUUUCCUAAGAAAUAGAGGGAGAAGGUAGGAGGAGCCGGACUGAGAAGUGUGCCUCACUCUCUCUCUCUCACACUCUCUCACACACGCUCCCUCUCUUCCAUUCUGUCAUUGCCAUCUCGGCAGAACGGAGACUGUUCAUUUCCAGCCACGCUGAAAGUAGUUGGGGAGACAGCACAAUUUUGACUUUGUUUAAGUCAGAUUUCACAGAGGAAUACUCUUUUUCUUCACAAUAUCCAAAGGAUCAGCAAGAACAAGAGGAAAAGAAAGUAAGAAACAGAGCUUACAAGUAUUUCGUCUUCCAUUUUCUUUCUAAUUGAAUUGAGAAGCACGUGACAGCUGGUUUUGCCACUGGAUUCUUUCACAGAAGACGUGAGCUUGCCUUAUUUAUCUUUCUUUGAUAUUGUUUAGUUUCAGUUUCAGUUUGUGAGUAUACUGACAUAAAGCACAAUGGUUGCUGGAAUGCUAAUGCCCUUGCUGGAACUGAGGGCCAUCUAUGAGGUCCUGUUUAAAGAUGGUGUCAUGGUGGCCAAGAAGGACAAGAGGCCUCAGACCAAGCACCCUGAGAUAGAAGGUGUGAGCAAUCUACAAGUAAUCCGUGCCAUGGGGUCUCUUAAGUCUCGGGGCUAUGUGAAAGAGACAUUUGCCUGGAGACAUUUCUAUUGGUACCUGACCAAUGAGGGCAUUGUUUACCUGCGUGACUACCUGCACCUGCCCCCUGAGAUAGUUCCUGCAUCCCUGCAGAGGAUCAGGAAGCCAGCUGCCACCCUGGCCGUUGCCCACCGUGCACGGGUCCAAUCUGUGGAAGGUCCUACAUCUUAUGUCCCUAAGCCAGGACGCAGGGGUGAAUCAGAGAGCCAAGAGUCUCUCUCCGAGCGUCAAGGUUACCGCCAUAGGAUGAUGGGUCCCGGAGAAAAAGAGAGCUACACUGAUAGGACACCCAGGUUUAGGGGUCGUCCGCUGGCUGCAGAACCAGUCCGACCAAUAGCCGCAUGGGAAGUUGAGGACCAGCCUCAGCCUUUGUCUAGGAGGGGGGACAACUUCAGAAGUGAGGCAGUGAUGAUGGAGGAGAGCAGGCUAAAAAGAGUCUCUCGUCAACAGCCUGAUGUGAGCAGUGAAAAGCCAGUGACAACAUCACAGGAAAGAAGAGUAUUCGAAGUCCAAAAGCAGAAGGCACCAAUGUCUGUCCAGAGUCAGAAAGCAGCUUGGAAACAGGAUGCGUCACAAACCACUGUGACAUCAAUGUCCUCCAAAACAGCCCUACCAUUAACUGUGGCUGCUGUCGCUGUGGCUACAGGUGCUGCGACAUCAAAGAUUCAGGCUGAACCCUCUAGUCCCAAAACGAAUAAAGAGAAGCUCAAGAUUGCUGAUGAAAAAGCUUCCAUGAAGCCACGUGAAAUGGUAACAAGCAAUUCAGCGAUCACAACACUUCCUGCUACAGAGCUCAAAGAGGAGAAGAUGCAAAAGGUGAUCGUGGAUCCAAUUAAAUCUGCAGAGGUAAAGCCUUCAGCUAAAACAGCAACUGAUAACAUGAAGGCCCAGGCAGUUAUCACAAUGGAAACCUCCAAACUCCUGACCGACACAAACACUUCCACCACUGUCAUCACUGUCUGUAAAGAUGUCAAGGAAGAGAAGAUUAAGAGAGCAAAGGUUAAUGGGGAACCAGUUAAACCUGUGGAGGUGAAGACCCAGGUUGAAUCCAAAAUAGAUCAUGAGAAGGACAAGAAAACUGCCAAAGGAACUGUCACUCAGGUGACCACCAAACCCCUACUCAGCAGUACCACCGGCGAGCCAGUAUUGUCCACUGAUGCGGUAAAGGAGAUCUGUAAAGUUAAGGUGACUCAGAAGCCCAUUGAUGCUAAAGUGACCUCAGUGAAUCUCUCAGCAAAGCCCAAAACUGAUGAAGCACCCCCGAAAACUACUAUGGUGGAGUCCUCAAUACUUGAAGUUAAAACUACUAUUAGUACCACGACUCUCUCAGCACCUGUGGCCAAUGCUGAAGACGCAAAACCUGUCAAGGGGGGAGCUACAGUUACAGAGACUAUUACAAAACAGGAGAAAACUAAUAUUAAGGUGACUACUCAUGUCAAGAAAGAUGAGAAAAUAGUGCCAGAAGAUGUCCUUAACGUCUCAGAAAAGGGCGCCGCAGACUCCUCUUCACCUCAGCUCAAUCAAAACGUUGCGACUACAGAGGAGGUUAUGGAAACCAAACAAGUGGUUGAGGGAAGCUCUAAAUCCAAACGGAAGAAAAAGAAAUCCCCAGGUGAGAUACUCAAAAGUAGCAAUGCUGAGGAACUACCUGACUCUAAGUCUGAGAAGGAGAAACCCUGUAAAGACAAGCCCCCUGAGGAGGUGGCUGAAAACACCCUCCAACCCACACCAGUGAUUACCUCAGAGCCUUUGACCGUGUGUACCAGCAUGAACACUGAGGGACCUGUAAAGGGAAAUAAGACUCAGGCUAAAAUAGGUAUUGAUGGGGGGAAAAUAAAGAAACAAACUCAUGAGAAUCCAAUAAUGGAAAUCCCUAAACAAACUGAGGACCAGAGUAUUUCUGAAGUAGCAUCACUACAAUUAGACCAGAUCCCAACAGUGCCCCCGGUGGAGCUUCCAGAUGAUGCACAAGUAAAAGCCAAAGUAGAGGAAAGCAAUGUCAGCAAAAUAACACAUGGACCAAUUUGCUCCAAGGACAAGUUAAAUGCUAAAUUGCCCCACACGGAGCCAGUGAAAUCUGAGGAAAUGACUGUGACUAAAGUGGAAACAGUGACAGUGCAGAAACUAACUCAAGUGCAGCUCAUACAAGCAAGUCCAAAACCUGAAGGGAAAAGCCCUGCGUCAGCGUCAGAAUCUCAGAAACCCACAGUAGAGACUAAAUCCCUAACAAACAAAGGGCAAGCUGCAGAGGAAUCUUCAAAGGGUAAGAAGAAAGGAAGAGGGAAGAAACAUGACACCAUAAACACAAAGCCUGAAGCAGAGGCAUUACCAUCCACUAACAUGACAUCUUUGCCCAAGGCCACAGUUAAAGACAGCUGUGUCACGACCUCUGAAGUGACAGAACUGAAUGUUUCUCCAAAGAUGACUCCUGAAAGAAUGUGCAGUGAGGAAACCAGGCAGGCAGCAGCUGUGCUCUGUGAGGCCCCUGCAGACAAAGGGGAGGUGGAGCCAGCACUACCCUUUGCAGAAAAAAUCAAGCGGGAGGUUCCGAAACCAAAAACAUCCUCCACUGCGAGGGAAGCACCCGCAGCCGAAGAAUUAGCGUCAGCAGCAGCAGCAGCAGCAGCAGCAGCACAGGCAGCUGAAGCUCCGGCACAGGCCAGCCCCCUCGACAAGCAAGAGGAGCCUCCCAGAGUUGCACAACAUUCAGCCAGUCAGGCAGCAGAGCGCAGCACAGAGAAAAAGCUCUCUGUUUCUGAGGCCUUAAAGCAGGAGGAAGAGAAGAAGAGGGACUUGGAGGAGGACACACCCUCUGUCACUGCCACACCUGCCACUACCCAGUCUGACCAGCUUCACCUGGUGGACACCUGUGAGUCUGUAAGCCCCGACACAGACGAGGCCGCCAUGAAGAGGAAAAUUGUAGUGGUGGAAGAGAUAGUUGAGGUGAAGCAGGUUAUUAGUCCCGAUGCAACUGGGGCACAGUCCCCUCCUCCACCUGUACAACGUGAGGAGGAAGGAGAGGGACUGGACCUGGAUGUUCUGGAACAAAUCGCCAUAGAGCGGGCACUUUUGUCAGGGCUGUCCGGGGCCAGGGUGGAAGGAGCCUCACCUGAGGAAGAGUGGGACCAUUCACUGGAGGAGCCAGAAGAGAAGUCAUGGCCAAACUUCAUUGAAGAUGAACUGAGAUCCAGUUCCAUGUGUGGUUUACUAGUGGUGGACAAUAUGAUAUAUGCUGUACUUUGA